UUCACCAUCUUCCAUGGCUAAUGUGCAAAUGGUGGAAACUUUUGUUCCAAUUGAUUAAAGCACAAAUGAUAACACUGAACCAAACAUAAUAGUAGUAUUUCACUAGCAGCUUCUUUCUACCAUUCCUAGCGUCUUAUUUCUCUAAAUAGCAACAUAAGCCUUCUCUUUGGAUUCUCAAAAUGGAAAUGGAUCUUGACAAGCACCCAUCUUGCAUGCUUCUAUUUAAAGAAGGUUCUACGGAUAAAAUACAAAUGCCGUCUGAUUUUGUGAAAGAACACAAGAAGAUGUUAGCUAAGACAUGCUUACUGAAAACUGAUGUAGUAGCUGGGAUGUCAUGGGAAGCAAAAAUAGAGAAAGAAAAGCCGAAUUACUUCAUAUGUAAAGAAGACUGGCCACAAUUUGUGGUGUAUCACAAGCUUGAGAUAGGGGACUUUUUGCGCUUUGUUCUCAUUGAUAAAUCGACGUUCCAUGUCCUGCUUUACUCCAAGAAACAUAGUAGAACUCUUCGACCUUUUGAGGACCUCAGCAGUAGUGAGGAAGAGGAAGAAGAAUAUGAAAAGGAGGAUGAGGUAGAAAUAGUGGAAGAGAACGUUGACGCUUCAAGAAAAUCGAAUCCAUCUAGUGGCUCCAAUGAUAGGGGAAAUCCAUGCUAUUCACAUUUAGAUUCAUUUUGUCAUGGAGGUAAAUCUGAUGCCAAAGCUGAUAACAUGCUUGGCAUGAAAAAGAAAGCUCCUGAGACUAAGAAAGCGAAUGAAGUAAAAAUGGAGCCACUAAUUCUAUUAGAUUCUGAGGAAGAGAGGGUUGGUCAAUCCAGUGGCUCCAAGGAUGGGGGAAAUCCAUGCUAUUCACAUCCAGGUAAAUCCGAUGCCAAAGAUAACAUGCUCGGUGUGAAGAAGAAAGCUCCCGAGAAUAUAGAAGUGAAGAAAGUCUUUAUGGAGCUAGUAGAAUUAUCAGAUUCUGAGGAAGAAAGAGUUGAUCCAUCCAGAGGUUCCAAAGAUGGGGGAAAUCCAUGCUAUUCACAUCCAGGAGGUAAGUCUGAUGCCAAAGCUGAUUACAUGCUCGGCGUGGAGAAGAAAGCUCCCGAGACUAAAGAAGCGAAGAGGGCUGCCAAGGAUCCUGCCAAGCGAGGAAGUGCUUCUUAUGUUAAGCGGUGGAGGUCUAUCAAGGAUCCUGACAAACCCAAGAGGCCUGCAACUUCUUUCUUCGUGUUCAUGGAGGAGUUUAGGAAGCAGUUCAAGGAAAAGUAUCCAAACAAUAAAUCUGUGGCUGCUGUAGGUAUAGCUGGUGGAGACAAGUGGAAACAGUUCUCAGAUGCUGAGAAAGCUCCUUUUGUGGCAGAGGCAAAGAAAAGGUUGGCGGAAUAUCAUAAGAACUAGGAUGCUUAUAUCAAGCGAGUAGCUGCUGGAUCUUCUGAAGAAGAGGAAGCCUACAAGUCAAUGUCCAAGGUUGAUGAGGAAGAUGGGGACGAUGAUUAAAGAAGUUUUUAGUGGAUGAGGAAAUUGGUGAGGAAGCUAGUGUAAUAUCUUCUAUACAUGGCUUCUUCUUUUUACCGUAUAAUACUUGCACUUUUUUUGCUUUUAUUUUUGGGAGUUAAAGCUGACUGUAGAGCAGCAGCUUCUAUAGCUCAAUAGUUUAUGUACAUUUUGCUUUAAUGCUGCUUAAUCCUGAUUCAGCUAGAUGUUUGUCCUUCUUGGCUAGUAUAUAGUUUUCCAUCUAAUUCGUCUCUUGUUAAUUGUCUAGU